AUGAAGCUGCCCCCCGGCCAUGUAGCCGGAGUGGGCGUGGUCAAACCCACUGGCUACGGAGGGUAUGGCGAACGCAUGCUGAAGACCAUGGGCUGGGACAAAGGCCAGGGCUUGGGACGCACAGGGGAGGGCAUCAAGGAGGCCAUCCAAGUGAAAAAGAAGGAGGACAGCGUGGGAGUGGGCGGCCGAGCCAGCUGGAAGUGGGACGACAACUGGUGGGAGAGGGCGUACAGCGAGUCCUCUGCCGCCAUUGAUGCCGUGGGUGGUUCCCGGCUGGCCGCCGGCCGCUUUGGCGGCAGGGAGGGCAAGAUGUCGAGGAUCAGAGCGCAGGAGGCGCGAGAGGCGGCGGCGGCGGCGGCAGCCCUCGGCACCGCCGUGCCAGAUGGCAGGACCUCCAAGAGCAAGAAAGCACGGAGCGAUGCGGAUGCCAGGCCGGCAUCGCAGGAACCUGCCGCGCCUCGCAUUGUCGUGGAGGUGCAUUCGGCCGAGGCCAGCGCUGCGGCGGCGGCUGCCGCAGCGCUCUGGAGGCCCACGGAGUUGGAGGGCUGGUGGGGUCGGGGCAUGUUCUCCCCAGCGGGCGUGCUGGAGGGGAUGAGGAAAGCGCAGGAGGACGCCAAGCGCGGCUUCACCGAGGACGACCAGGAGGGCGUCUACAUGGCAGCGCACGCCAGCAAGACCCAGGGCCGCGUGGGUCUGGGCCAGGCCCAGCGGGCCGUCAAGGUCGGCGGUGUGGCAUGGACCGGGACCAAGGUCCAGUUUGACGAGGCGGGCGAGGAUGGCGCCCAGAACAGCGGGGCUGGGUGUCACGCGGAUGCGGCGUGUCAAACACAGGCGGCGGGUCCAAGCACGGAGGCGAGGCCCUGGGAGGCGCUGGUGAGGUGGAAGGCGGUGACGCAGGAGUUCCUGCGCGGUGCCAAACCCAGCGGCGCCUCGCUGAAGAGAGUCGGGCGCCACGUGGUCUCCCACGUGGCCGUGCGCUUGCAGGCCAAGGGACACGCGCACGAUGCCAUGCCCGGCGAGGAAGAAAUCGCGGCGGUGCUGCUCCGGAAGCUGCAGGGCAGCCGCCAGUUCGUCCUGGAGGGCAAGCGAGUUCGGCUCGCGGCGUAG